AUGUGCUACGCUGCCUCCUUCGACGCGCUGCCGCCGUCGCCGCUACGCGUGCUGCUCAUCGACAACUUCGACAGCUAUACUCAAAAUCUCUACCACGCCCUCGCACAGAGCGGCUGCGAGGUGCUAGUCGUGAAGAACAAUCAGUUCGCCAGCUGGGACGCGCUCUGCUCAGCGCUCCCGCCCUUUGCAGCAGUGGUCAUAUCUCCGGGGCCAGGUAGUCCAGCGAAUGCUGCCGACUUUGGCGUCUGCAGCGAGGCCUACGAUGCAGGCCUGCCACUCUUCGGCGUGUGCCUCGGCCACCAGGGCCUGGCGCUGUCGGUGGGCGCGACGGUCGGUCUUGCUUCGGAGCCGAUGCACGGCCGGCUCUCCGACGUCACCCACGCCGGCUGCGAGCUCUUUGCGGGCCUGCCGCGCUCCUUUCGCGCCGUGCGGUACCACUCGCUUGUCGUCGAGGCGGCGUCGGUGCCGAGCUGCCUCGAGGUAACCGCGUGGACGGCGUCGGGCGAGGUGAUGGCCCUCCGGCACCGCUCGCUGCCACAGUACGGCGUCCAGUUCCACCCCGAGAGCAUCUGCACCGAGUACGGAGAGGCGCUCGUCGCCAACUUUGCGCGGCUCGCCGCGAGGAGCGCGGCUCGGAGGGCGCCGAUGGCCUCUCCGCGCCUCACGCCGCCCCUCUCGCCGGCGAGCCUCUCGCCGGACAGCCUCUCGCCCAGCAGGGCUGGCACGCCGGACGCCUCGGACGCGCCUCCGGUGCCGCGGCGCCUCGGCGCGCCCCCGCCCGCCGCUCGCCGGCUGCUCGUCUCCGAGGUGGGCGGCGGCCGUUUCCUCGACUCUGCCGCCGUGUUUGAGGCGCUCUUCGGCGCGUUGCCCGUCGCCUACUGGCUCGACUCGAGCUGCUGCUCCUCCUCGGGCGACACGCCGACGGGCGAGCCUGCGCGCGCGCGCUACUCCUACAUGGGUGCGUUCGGCGGGCCGCACUCGUCGCUGCUGCGGUGCGGCGCGGGAGGCGGUAUCUCGCUCGUGGGGCGCGACGGGGCGGACGAGUCCCUUUCGGGCGGGAGCCUGCUGCAGGCGAUGCGGGAGCGGCUCGUGCCGUGGGAAGGCGCAGAGUCGGAGCUGCCGCCCUUCCGAGGGGGCUGGGUGGGCUUCUUCAGCUACGAGGCGUGGCGGAGGGCGCUCUGGCUCUUCUCGGACCGCUACCUCGCCUUCGACCACGCCGCACGGCGCGUGGUCGCAGUCUGCCUCUGCGACCCCGGCAGGGAGGGGAAAGAGCAGAGCGCGCAGCAGUGGCUGUGGGAGACGGCCGCUGCGCUGCAGCAGCGAGGCCUGUCCGAGAGCGACGCGGCGGGAGGCGGAGCGACGGCGCGACUGCCGCCGGGGGGGGCGGCGGCGGCGUGUCAACCGUUGCACGGGGGGGCGGCGGCUGGCUUCGAGAGCGCGCGUAGCCGCGAUGAGUACACGGCGAACAUCGAGCGCAUCUUCGAGUUGUUGCGCGAGGGCGAGUCGUACGAGGUCUGCCUGACGACCCAGUUCCGCGCGCCUCCGCCUCGCGCCGCGCCUCCGCCCUCCCCGCUCGCGCUGCACCUCGCCCUGCGCCGCGUCAACCCGGCGCCCGUCUGCUGCUCCUCCCCCGAGCGUUUCUUGCGCAUCGGCGCCGACGGCUCCGUCGAGUCGAAGCCGAUCAAAGGCUCACGACGUGACGCGCGGGCGGACGAUGCCUCGAGGGCCGACGGCCGAGCUCGACGCCGCCAAUGCCGAGACCCUGCGCACUUCGCCGAAGGCGCGUUCGCCCACACGCGCGCCCGGUUGGACCGCGCCGAGAACCUGAUGAUCGUCGACCUCGUGCGAAACGACCUCGGCCGCAUCUGCAGGGUCGGCUCGGUCCGCGUGCCAAAGCUGAUGGCCAUCGAAACCUACGCGAGCGUCCACCAGCUGGUGUCGACCGUGACGGGCGAUCUGGAGGACGGGACAGAUGCGCUCGACGCCGCCGCAUGCGCUUUCCCGCCGGGCUCGAUGACGGGGGCCCCCAAGACGCGCACCCUCCAGAUCAUCCACGAGCUCGAGCGAGGGGUGCCCCGCGGAGUCUACUCGGGCUCCCUCGGCUUCUUCUCCAUCGACGGGGCGUCGGACCUCAACGUCGUCAUCCGGACAGCGGUGGUGUCGGCGGAGGGCGUCAGCCUCGGCGCGGGCGGCGCCAUCGUGACGCAGUCGAGCCCCGAGGACGAGUGGGAGGAAGUGCUCGUCAAGGCGCGGCCUGUGAUCCGCGCGGUCGAGUGCUGGCUGCGGCCCGGCGACGAGGCGUGUUGA